ACUCAUCCCUUUACCAAUGGCUAUCUCUAAAUCUUUGUCUCUUACUUUUCUUCUACUCCUUGGUUUAGGCUUAGCUUCGGCGGCCAGAACCCUUCUCUCUUAUGAUCCUCCACAUCACUCCGAUGUAGGCUAUGGAUACCAGCAUAACCCAAGAGUAGGGUAUGAUCAUGACCAUCAUGAUGGACCUUAUGGUGCAUAUGGUGGUGGGUCCGGCGGAGGAUAUGGAGCUGGAGCUGGCUCUUCUCUUGGUGGCUCUGGAUAUGGAAGUGGCGGCGGCGGUGGUUCUGGCUAUGCAGGUGUAGGAGACGUUGGAGGUAGUGGAUAUGGAAGCGGUGGUGGUGGAGGAAGUGGUGUAGGAUAUGGAGAUUUGGGUGGACAUGGGAAAGGCUAUGGUAGUGGUGGUGGUGGAGGGAGUGGUGUAGGAUAUGGGGAUUUGGGUGGACAUGGAAAGGGGUAUGGUAGCGGUGGUGGUGGAGGAAGUGGUGUAGGAUAUGGGGAUUUGGGUGGACAUGGAAAGGGCUAUGGUAGCGGUGGUGGUGGAGGGAGUGGAUAUGGCGGUGGAGCUGAUCAUGGAGUUGGGUAUGGUAGCGGCGGAGGUGGAGGAUAUGGAGCUGGAGGUGGAGCUGGAUAUGGUCCAGGAGGAGACCAUGGUGUUGGCUAUGGGAGUGGAGGAGGGGGUGGGUCAGGUGGUGGUUAUGGUGGUGGAGCCAAAGGGUAUGGUGGUGGUGCUAAAGGAAGUGGGUAUGGGAGUGGCGGCGGUGCCGGAAGUGGCUACGGUGGUGUUGGUGGUGAAGAAGGAGGAUAUGAUGGUGGAUAUUGACCUUAAACGAACACAAUCUCAAAGCUUAUCCUUAAAAUGAAAAUGCUUGCCUAGUUUUCAAUGUGUUUGAUAAAAUAAGAAGAAUUUGGGUAAGAAUGUUUAAGUUUCUAUAUGAAUUAUGAGUACGAAGUUAUCUUACAAU